CAAAGGGGACCUGUGUCGUUGAAAUCUGGUGUAUCUGGUUUUGCGACACUAGUCGGCGCAUACCUAUACCUACCCACCUACACGAGAAACUCCGAGACCAACCUAUAGAAGUACAAUUGCAAAGAUGUCAUCCUGGCUUCAGCGCCAGGGUAGCUCCCAUCAGUCGCAGCUGGCUGCUACGGCCGUACUCUCGGGCGCCGCAGUCGCUGGCGUCAUUCUCGGCUACCAAGCGCUGCGGCGGAAAGAAGCCGUCCAGCAGCUCAAGGCCUCGAUCCCAAACCUCAUCCUCGAACAACUCGCCCGGAACCGCGUCUUCCUGACGGACGAGGGCCUCGCGAAGCUCCGAUCCUCCUACAUCGUGGUCGUCGGCUGCGGCGGGGUGGGCUCGCACGCGGUGGCCGCGCUGGCGCGCUCGGGCGUGUCCAAGAUCCGGCUGAUCGACUUCGACCAGGUGACGCUCUCGUCGCUGAACCGGCACGCGCUGGCGACGCUGGCGGACGUGGGCACGCCCAAGGUGCACUGCAUCCGCAAACGCCUGGAGCAGAUCGUGCCGUGGGUGAAAUUCGACUGCCGCAACGAGCUGUUCGGCGGGUCGGUGGCUGAGAAGCUGCUGGCGCCGUGGGCGCAGAACGACGGCGACAAGGGCCGCAAGCCGGACUUCGUGCUCGACUGCAUCGACAACAUCACCUCCAAGGUGGAGCUGCUGCACCACUGCCAUACCCAGGGGAUCCCCGUCAUCUCCGCCAUGGGCGCCGGCUGCAAGUCGGACCCGACCCGCGUGACGGUCGGGGAUAUCUCGCACAGCACGGACGACCCGCUGUCGCGCAGCACGCGCCGCCGCCUCAAGCUCCUCGGCGUGACGACCGGCAUCCCCGUGGUCUUCUCCACCGAAAAGCCGGGCCCCGGGAAGGCGACCCUGCUGCCCCUGGCCGAGGAGGAGUUCUCCAAGGGCCAGGUGGGCGAGCUGAGCGUGCUACCGGACUUCCGCGCGCGCAUCCUGCCCGUGCUGGGCACCAUGCCCGCCGUCUUCGGCUACACCCUCGCCAACCACGUCAUCUGCGCCAUCGCCGGCUACCCGCAGGACUACAGUAUCGGCGGCAAGGGCCGCGACAAGCUGUACGACGGCGUCCUGGCCGCUCUGCAGGGCACCCACGAGCGUCUGGCUCGCGCCGAGUACGGGCCCACCCUCGUCGGCCUGCGGUUGCCCGUCAGCAAGGAUGAUGUCGGCUACCUGGUCGACGAGAUUUGGCGCGGCAAGAGCGCCGUCAGCGGUCUCCCCAGUCGCGUCUGCCUGGUGCCCUGGGAGCGGCCGCCGCGCGGCUUCGCCCCGGACCCGGAGUGGAUGCAGCAGGGCCAGACCUAUGUGCCUGUCGAGAUGAAGAACCUGGUCUGCAUGACCAAGGAUGAGGCUACCCGCCAUGAGAAGGAGGUUCUGCUCGGGGGCAAGACGCUCGAGGAGCUGUACGAUGAAAAGACGAUCGAGAUGGUGCGGAAGCGCCAGAAGGAGAUCGAGUUCUACGAACAAUAUCGGUGAGCUCGAGCUUUCAUCAUUUGGUCACGAUUUUGAUGCGCUUCCGCUCAUGUGUAUCACCACGAAUCCUAUUUUUGUAUAUGUGUGAUAGAUUAGAUUCUGUAUAGCGAGUGGGUAUAUUUUGAUUGAUUGUUACAUGACACGAGACUGUUAUGAUCGCAAGUUAGGAUCGGCAA